AUGGCGUAUGUGAAUCUCAUCCUGGGUGACAAACAUGACAAUGAAAAAGAGAUUCAUCUGAACUAUGAUAUGCAGUUCAUCCCGAUGGAGAUAUUGUCAAUGGAUAAAAGAAUAAAAAUAGAUACUCAGGAUGUAGUGUGUUCGCGACAAGGGUUUAAGGAGACUAGGGGCAAAGAAACUUUGGGUGAAGGAGGGGGUUCGGAGAAGAAGCGACGGCGGACCACUAAUAGAGUUGGUUGCGGCGCUAGAAUUGUAAUGAAAAUAGUUGGCGACAGGAGAUAUAAGGUUCACAAAUUUGAAGAAAGACACACACACUGUCUGUGCGAGGAAAGUCACAAACCAUUUAUGAAAGUCAAUCGCAAAUUGGAGAUUGCACACCAAGAAUUCAUUACUAAGUGCGAAAAAGCAAACAUUGGUGCAAGCAAAAGUUUCGACAUAUAUGCCGAGAUGGUAGGUGGUCCGGAGAACGUGGGUGCGACGCAACAGGACUUUAAGAAUUAUAGGAGAGAGCUAUUAGCGUAA